CUCGCUGCGCCCUCGGCUCCCCUCACGGCCGCGGCCCGGCUCGGCUCGGCCCGGCCCGGGGGGCGCUUCCCGGGGGCUCCGGAGCUGGCGGGGGGAGGCAGCGGCCCGCGGCGGCCUCUCCUCACCGCGAGGCCGCUGCUCGGGGCCGGGCCUGCCCCUGCCCAGCGGGGUCCGAGCCCUUCGGCGCUGCCCUGCCCCGGGCAUCCUCGCUCCUGCCGCUGUGCCCGGCGAGGGAGGAGCGGCGGUGCCGGCCUGGCUGCCCAACGGGAUGUGAAACAUGUAGUGAAGAGGAAGCUAAGUACAGAUGUCCGCGAUGUAUGAAAUAUUCGUGCAGUCUGUUGUGUGUAAAGAAGCAUAAGCUUGCACUGAGCUGUAAUGGAAUCAGGGAUAAAACAUCAUUUAUCUCUGUAAAUGAAUUUACCGACUUGAACCUUCUGAGCGAUUACCGUUUCCUGGAAGAUGUAGGAAGGACAGCUGAUGCUGCAGCUCGAGAUCUUUCUGUGCAUAGGCCAACAACAAAUAAAUUUAUAAAUUACUUGAGAAACAGAGCUCGAAGGCAUAAUAUCAACCUGAAGACACUGCCCAUUGGAUUUACAAAAAGAAGAGAAAAUUCAACCAUCUUCAAUAAGAAGGAGCAGAAGUUCUACUGGCAUUUGAAGCUUGUAUUUCCUCACUGUCAUGCUGAAUACACUUUAAAAAGGGUGCCAGAGGAUAAAACGCUCACCGAUAUCCUUAAGCCCUACAUUGAUCCAGUGGAGUCAGAUCCUGUAGUUUGUCAAAGAUUAAAAAUCUAUACAAUGUCUCCUCAGUCAGAUGUACGAAUUUUAAUGAAAAUAGAAAACAGAAAGCAAAACUCUAUCAGAGUGGUCAAGCAAAGUAGAGACUUCCGUGUUCUUCAGCUGCUGUUAUUAAUUACGUUACAAAGGAAGAGUUACGGCAAGUACAAUGAAUUGGAUGCCAGUAGAAGCCUCCUAGAAAAUUUGAAAAACAAAGUAAUAAUUGAGUACCCAACGUUAUUUGUUGUCUUAAAAAAAUUGAAGAAUGACAUGGUGGUUCUUGGCCAAGAUGCCAGCGAAUCUGCAGAGGACUCGGACAGUGAAAGUUCGUCCCUUUCAUCUGAGGAAGAAGGGGAAAUUCGGGAGAGUUCAUGACAGUUCUUUGUGAGAAGAGGGUGGGAUGAGCCUUUUAUAUAUUUUUUUUAAAUUUAAUUAAAUCUUUUUAACACAACAGAUUUCUCUGGGGUUUGGUUUGGCUUGCUUCACUAAAGGCAGCACUUCCAAGCUGCCUCCCUAACUUUGGAUUUAGUAGUGCAUGUUUAGGUAUGUAAAUAAAGAGGUGGGCAACUAAUGGUUCAAGAGAAAUCUGGUAUUAUUGCAUAGCACCCUUUUAUCCAUGUAUCUUCACUAAACAGAGUAACCCAGAUUUAAAGUUUCCAAGUUCAUUUCAACAAUAUAUUUUUUCCUUUUAUCUUAAUAUCUCAAUGUCUGAUUUGUCUGACCAUAAAUAUCUUAUCCCAUAUUUGCAUUAAUCAAUGGAUAUGAGUCAUCAUGCUUCAACUUACUGAAAAAAAUCUGGUGUUUCAUCAGAUCAGUUUUCUUUUAGGUUAGUUCUUUGUCAUGUUGAGCUGCUGCACAUGAUCUUACUUUACUUUUUGGUUUUAAUUUUCUUAAAGUUUUCUGACUUUAAUUUUUGGUGGCAUUUUGGAUGUCCAGUGCAGUAUCUUUUUCUUGUUUGGUUGUGUCUUGCUUAGUAUAUCAAGAAAGGACCAAGCUGAGCCAUGUUUUAUGCAUGGCAUGUUAAUCUUCUACCCUCAUCUUCUAAAUUAGCAUUGGUUUAAAAAAUAAAUAGAAAUAGAUGCAUGGAGUGUCACUAGUGCUAACGUAUUGAUCUUCUAAACAGCGCUGAUGUUGUGCAUCUAGUAAUCCUGUGUUACUGGUUUACCUACUGAAGCCAGAUACUGCAAAUGUUUACUGGCAUAUCAGCUGAACUUACCUACUUAAAAGCAAAUAAAGACAAACCA